AUGUCAGGAUCUUUACCCUUCUACCAGAAGCACCACCGCCACUAUGACCGUGGCUACCACAGCAGGGAGACGGACGCUACCGUUAGCAAAUACCAGUCCAGCUACGCUGCACGCAGCAGCUCCUCCAGCACCAGCAGAGGACUGAGAGCAUCCUCAUACUCUGGGCUGGAGGAGAGCCGACUGAGCCCUGUGCCCAAGAGAGCCAAGCCAACAUAUUUGGCUGUGGACAAAGAAAACCAGAUCAUCGGCUACGUAGUGCCUAUCUUCAGGGGCAGUCAAGAGUUUGCCACCGGGCUUUCGGACACAGAAGAAGCAAGGAUGAAGGAGACAGCUGCCUACAUGGCCCAGAGGGAUCUGUUCACCAGUGGGGUGGAGAUGGAGAGGUCACAGCAGACCUCCAGGAGGGUGGCGAUGCGCGAGUCAGCGGAACGCAUCUCUCUGAAAAAAAGGAUCCAUGAGAACGAGGAAUAUCACAAGCGCAUGAACGAGGAUAGCCUGAUGCACGCCCCACAGUUUGUGAUUACGCCUCGCUCCCACACCGUCUGGGAGAAGCAGUGUGUGAGGCUUCACUGCACUGUCACUGGCUGGCCCGAACCACGGGUCGUCUGGUACAAAAACAAUGUGACACUUGACCCCCUUUCCCACCCGGGCAAGUUUAAGAUUGAGAGCAGCUACAGCGUGCACUCAUUGGAGAUCAACAGAUGUGAUUUCGAUGACACGGCGCAGUACCGCGUUUCUGCCAUGAACUCCAAAGGGGAGCUGUCUGCAUUUGCCUCCGUCGUUGUAAAGAGAUACAAAGGUGAAUUUGACGAGUCCUUCCCUUCACCCAGACAUGGCCUGGUGUCAGAGUAUGGCAUCACCUUCCAGACUCACAUCGUCAAUACAUUUGGCGUCUCCUUCGGAAGGGAGGGUGAAACCAUGAGUCUGGGGUGCACUGUCAUUAUCUACCCUGCCUUGCACCGCUACCAGCCGGAGGUGCAGUGGUACAGAGACGAUGUCCUGCUGACUCCCUCUAAGUGGCACCACAUGCAUUGGAGUGGAGACCAGGCCACGCUAACCCUCACACACCUCAACAAGGAGGACGAGGGGCUGUACACCCUGCGCGUCACCACCAAGUCCGGAUAUGAGACCUACUCUGCCUAUGUCUUUGUCAGAGAUGGUGAUGCCGAGAUGGAAGGUGCCCCAGGGUCCCCCCUGGAUGUACGCUGUCUGGAUGCCAACAAGGACUAUGUCAUUGUCACUUGGAAGCAGCCAGCUGUCGAUGGUUGCAGUGCCAUCCUGGGCUACUUUGUGGACAGAUGUGAGGUCGGAACCAAACAUUGGAUCCAGUGCAAUGACACCCCUGUCAAGUUCGCCCGGUUCCCUGUGACUGGUUUGGUAGAGGGCAGGUCUUAUACUUUCCGUGUGCGCGCUGUCAACAAAAGUGGCCUGAGCCCCCCGUCCCGCGUCUCUGAACCUGUGGCUGCCAUGGACCCAGCUGACCGCGCCCGCAUGAGAGGUACCUCUGCUCCCUGGACCGGCCAAAUCAUUGUCACAGAGGAGGAGCCUGCUGAGGGCGUGGUACCUGGCAGACCCCGUGAGCUACAGGUGACGGAAGCCACCAAGAACUACGUGGUGCUAAGUUGGAUGCCACCCGGAGAACGAGGCCAUGAGGGCAUCAUGUACUAUGUGGAGAAGUGCGUCUCUGACACAGACAGCUGGCAAAGGGUCAACACAGAGAUCCCGGUCAAGUCUCCCCGCUUCGCCCUGUUUGAUCUCGCUGAGGGGAAAUCCUACAGCUUCCGUGUCCGCUGCUGCAACUCUGCUGGUGUUGGUGAGCCCUCAGACCCCACUGAGGCCACCACUGUUGGAGACAAGCUUGAUAUCCCAUCACCCCCGGGCCGUGUGGUUCCCACCAGAAACACAGACACAUCGGUGGUUAUCUCCUGGGAGGCGUCCCGUGAAGCCAAAGAGCUGGUGGGAUAUUACAUCGAUGGUAGCAUUGUGGGCAGUGGUGUCUGGGAGCCCUGCAACAACAAGCCUGUCAAGGGCACCAGGUUCAUCUGUCAUGGCCUGAAGACAGGGGAGACGUAUGUGUUCAAGGUCAGGGCGGUGAACGCCGCCGGGCUCAGCGAAUGUUCCCAAGAGUCUGAGCCUAUUGAGGUGAAGGCUGCUAUUGCGUCCCCUGCACCGCCCUAUGGCAUCUCUGUUCUGGAGUGUGUGCGUGACUCCAUGGUGCUGGGGUGGAAGCAGCCAACCUUCAUUGGUGGCGCUGACAUCACAGGUUACUUUGUGGAUUACCGCGAGGUGGUUGAUGGAGUGCCGGGGAAGUGGCACGAGGCGAACAUCAAAUCUGUCAGCGAGAGGGCCUAUAGAGUGUCAGACCUGAAGGAGAACAGGAAGUAUCAGUUCCAGGUGCGAGCAGCCAACAUGGCAGGUGUGGGCAUCCCGUCACUGCCUAGUAAGACCUUCCUCUGUGAGGAGUGGACCAUUGCGGUGCCCGGACCUCCCCAUGACCUGCAGAUUACAGAGGUGCGCAGUGACUCGAUGGUGUUGCUGUGGAAACCACCUGUGUACCAGGGCCGGGACGAAGUCAACGGGUUCUACAUUGAUAUCAAGGAAGCACACGCACCGGAGGAGGCAUGGAGGGGAGUCAACACCAAAGCAACUGACAAGAAGUACAUGAAGAUAAAGAAUCUGAAGGAAGCAGAGACGUAUGUGUUCCGUGUGCGUGCACAAAAUAAGGCUGGCGUGGGAAAUGCCUCUGAGCCCACGGAGCCAACCCUGGCCCAGACCAAACCGGGCACCAAGGAGAUAGUUGUGGAUGUUGAUGAUGACGGUGUGAUUUCCAUGAACUUUGAGUGCUCAGACCUGACCCCAGACUCCAAAUUUGUGUGGUCCAAGAACUACGAGGAAAUCACAGACACGUCUCGUAUGACUGUAGAGACCAAGGGAACCAAGUCCAAGGCCAUUUUCAACACCCCUGGGGAGGAUGAUAUUGCUAUUUAUUCUUGCAUAGUCACGCACACUGAUGGUGCUUCUUCCAGCUAUACUCUCUCAGAGGACGAGUUGAAAAAGUUGUUGGCAAUGAGUCAUGAUCACAAAUUCCCCAUUAUUCCCCUGAAGACGGAGCUGGCCGUUGAGCUUCAGGAGAAAGGCCGAGUUCGCUUCUGGCUGCAGGCGGAGAAGAUCUCAGCCAACGGCAAAGUCGACUAUGUGUUCAACGAUAACGUUCUCUCGCAGGGAGAGAAAUACAAAAUGAACUUUGACAAGAACACUGGUGUGAUUGAGAUGACAAUGGAGUGUCUGACAGCGGAGGAUGAGGGAACCUUCACCUUCCAGCUGCAGGAUGGCAAAGCCACCAACCAGUCCAGCUUGGUUCUGAUUGGAGAUGUGUUCAAGGAGCUUCAGAAAGAAUCAGAAUUCCAGAGGAAAGAAUGGUUCAGAAAGCAAGGCCCUCACUUUGUUGAGUACUUGAGCUAUGAAGUGACCCCAGAAUGCUGUGUUAUUCUGAAAUGCAAGGUUGGCAACAUCAAGAAGGAGACUGCUGCACUUUGGUACAAAGAUGGACGUGAAAUCAAGGCUGACGAGCAUCUUAGCUUCACUGAGGGGGUGCUGAAGCUGGAGAUUGCCCAGAUUUCCAAGAAAGACUCGGGUGUUUAUGAGGUUGUACUCAAGGACGACAGAGGAAAAGACACCUCCACGCUGAAUCUGACAGAUCAAGGUUUCAAAGACUUGAUGAACGAAGUUUUUAGUGUUAUCGCCAAUUCCUCAACUCCUCUGAAGAUCACGAGCACAGACGAGGGCAUCCGACUCUACACCUUUGUCAGCUACUACAACGAAUUACUCCAAGUGACCUGGCAUUACAAGGACUCAGCCAUCGCCUUCUCCGACCGCAUUAAGAGCGGCGUGGUGGGAGAACAGCUGUGGCUGCAGAUCAAAGAGCCCACAGAGAAAGACAGGGGCAAAUAUGCCAUUGAGUUCCAUGACGGAAAGGACGGUUUGAGGAGGACCGUCGAGCUGGCCGGACAGGCAUUUGAUGACGCUUUCGCAGAGUUCCAGAGACUCAAAGCUGCUGCCAUCGCAGAGAGAAACCGCGCUCGUGUAGCGGGAGGCCUGCCUGAUGUGGUCACAAUACAGGAGGGCAAGGCCCUCAACCUCACCUGUAAUAUAUCGGGCGACCCCGUGCCAGAGGUCACCUGGCUGAAGAACGACCGGGAGAUGGUGUCCGACGACCACUACAUCCUCAAAUUUGAGUCGGGCAAGUUUGCCAGCUUCACCAUCACCACCGUGAACACAUCAGACUCUGGCAAGUACAGCAUCCUGGUGAAGAACAAGUACGGCACGGAGAGCGGGGAGUUCACCGUAAGUGUCUUCAUCCCCCAUGAGGGGGGCAGCAAGAAAAAGUAAAGGCGGUCCAAAUCUUGACAUAAAUAUGUAUAAAAAAACACAUAGAAAACAAAGAAUGGGGAAAGUCUAUAAGCCUUGAGAAUUUGUUGGAGAUAUUUUGGGUAGCGUGUUCAGUCACUCGAGAAGUGCUGUGCAAUUCAAAUUUGAACAUGAAAUCAAUCAUAAAAUCCCUCAAACGUUCAGAGUAAAAACUCCAAACGGUAGUUGAGGAAAGUCACUUUAAAACGGCAAAGAAGCUCUACGUACGCCAUUGUUGUAAUUGUGAAAUCCACUUUUACUUAAAGAAGAUAUUUGUAACGUAAUGCCCAUCCCAAAAUAUCAUUGUUGCAAUACAUCUUUUGUUUGUGUGAGAAUGUGAAAUGUUUGUAUUGUUGUCAAAAAGUUUGCUGCAGUAGAGGAGCCGGGACAUUGACUGGUCAAAGAAAAUACAAGGUCAAUACUGUAGGUUAGUGCUAUCACAAGGUGACGCAAAGUCAACGGAGAAGGAAAAGAAAACCCCGAUCCAACUGUGAUUGACUUAGUGUCGAUGUAAUGUGCAAUUCGUUCCAACUCCUACUCACUGUUCAUUGAUUGUUCAAUGUCAUUCAUGAUCACUUUUAAUGUUGACGUUACGAUGUCAUCUCCACUGUCUUUGUUUAUAAUGAAUGUCUCCUUCACUGUCCUGGAAUCAUUCUUGUCUAUUGUUCAUGACAUCACCCAUACGGUCAUUCACCCAUGUUUAUGCUGUCACCCUCACCACCCUUUUAUUGGUGGUUAUGAUGUCAUCAUGUCCACUGAAAUCUGUGUUUUGGACAUUUUUGUCAGCAAGUCAAUAGUGAUUAUCAUAUCACUCUUGUUGACACCCCCCCCUUACCUUCCAUUGAAAAGUCUAAUUAAAGAGCAUGUGUUUCAUCACCUCCUCCUCUUGA